CACACACACUUAAUUUUUAAUAGCUGGUAGAGAGAAAUGUCUUCAAACACACGGGUAGAAAAGUAGACGUUCUCGCAGCCUGCUGUAAGGAUUAUCUCCACCUGUCCAUGUUUCCUGACACACUGCCAGCCGCACCAUCUGAGAAAACCAUAACAAGCUUCAGCUUGUCCAAACGGAGCUUUUGUCAGAACUGUAGCUGUAACUCUGGGUUCCUCCAGGAACACGUGUAUUUAAUACUGAGGUCAUGUGAGCUGCGUGUGCUGAUGGAAGCAGGGUUCACCUGAACUAAUGCAGUGAUUUCACAGUCCCAGCAGCAUGGAGGCUGCUCUGACCCGGCUCAAGUCUCUGAGUGCUGAUGAGCUCAGAGAGGAGAUCCUCAAAGCCAAUCUGAAGUGCGGCCCCAUCACGGCCACCACACGUGCCGUAUUCGAGCGUAAACUCGCUCGGGCCCUCGUCGAGAACGCCGGACUCUCCUCCGAAUCAUCUGGAGGCUCGUCCGAGACCCUAAGCGCCACCUCGGCCGAAGAGGGGGACGUCGGGUAUCAUCUCGGUCUCAACCCACCUGAGGAGGAGCCGCUGUGCGAGAAGACCGUGUCACCGUCACAACAUGACGCCCGGACACCUAACAAAAUGGCCGAGACCACACCCACAUUCUACUAUGGCGUGUGUCCGCUGUGGGAUGACGUGCUGGCCAGAAACGAAAGGGUUCACGUGUACACGGAUAAGAAGGAGGCUCUGCAGGCCAUGAAGAUGAUGAAGGGCGCUCGCUUCAAACCCUUCUCUACUCGAGAGGACGCUGAGAAGUUUGCCAAGGGACUCUGUGAUUACUUCCCUUCCCCGAGCAAGUGUACCCCCUGCGUGUCACCUGUGAAGACCUCCCUCGUCUUCGGGAAAGACGGCUCAUCUCUGGCAGAGACAGAAGGGAUAAACCGAGAAAAGGCGAACAGCUUUAAGAGUCCUCGUCCUCAGGACCUGACGGCGAGGCUGCGAGUGUGUGUGGAGCGAGGAGAUGAGGUCGCCUUCACCGAGCUCGUGUGGAGCAACCCACGCUACCUCAUUGGCUCCGGAGACAACCCCACCGUGCUGCAGGAGGGCUGCAGGUAUAACGUGAUGCACGUAGCAGCGAAGGAGAAUCAGGCGGGCGUGGCACAGCUGCUGCUCGACACGCUGGAGAAUCCGGACUUCAUGCGGCUCAUGUAUCCUGAUGAUACGGAGAGCAUGCUGCACCAGCGCAUCCACUACAUCGUGGACCUGUACCUCAACACGCCCGAUAAAGCCUGCUUCGAGACGCCGCUACACUUUGCGUGUAAGUUCGGUUGCGCGGCCGUGGUGAACGUCCUCUGCUCUCAUCCCGACAUCGACAAACACCGAAAGAACAAAUACGACCAGGAACCCUGCGAGAUCAUUUGUGAGCGAAUGAAGGAAAAGAACAAAAUCCCAGAAAUCAAGCAGAAGAUUAUGGAGUACCUCGAAGACCGGUGUUACGUGCCCCUCCUCCGAGCAGCUGAUAACUCCACCCAGCCUGUGAUUGGCGCUCCCUGGUCACCUGAGCCGAUGGAAAAGCGCUCGCCGCGAUUACCCAGAAGCCCUCGAGAUCCCGUGAUGACCGUGAGGGCCUUCGCCGGCCCACUGAGCCCCUCUAAAGCAGAUGAAUUUAGGCGUGUGUGGAAGACGCCCCCUAGAGAGCGGGCGGAGCAUUUCCACCAUAUCCUCAAAUCAGAUCCGGAGCGUGGAGCAGAGCGAGUGGGCAGAGACCUGGCGCGUGAGCUGGGUCACCCCUGGGCUGAACACUGGGAUUUUCUGGACAGUUUUGUGGACUUGUCGUCAGUAGAGGGUCUGCAGCGUCUGGAGGAGUUUCUGAGCAAGAAGGACUUCACUGAGCGCGCUCGAGACCAGGCUGGAGAACUCAAUAACAGCAACAAGUUCAGAACUCCUUCCCCAGGAAAGCAGAAGUUCAGUAACUCUGUGUCGGUCGGUGCGUUCCUGGAUGACGCGGAUAUCUCACUGGAGGAGAUUAAGAACCGACAGAACGCAGCGCUCACCAGCAUUUCCUCCUCCUCCUCCACCUCCUGCUGCUCUAAAGAUGACCUGGGUGGGCGGGGCUUCCACAUCUUGCCUGUCUCACAAGACUCCGCCCUCAUCGAGCCACGAAAUCCCGCCUCUUCCUGCCCGCCAUCGCCCAUCUCUAACCUGAUGGUGGAGUUUGAGCGUAUGACUCUGCGUGACCACCCAGAUAGAGCUGAACAGGAAGGGGCGGAGCUUUCGAGCAUGAGUUCAGACGAGUAUUUCCUGGCACAGGAGAGCCUGGAGGGGGAGGAGCAGAGAGCGAGGACUCGAAUGGGAUCAAACGGUGAGCGACUGAUCUGUUCACGCUCCAGGUCAUGGGAUCACGGAAGCUCCGCCUCCUCCUCCACCUCUGGAUCUUACAGAUCAUUGGACCGUUCAAAUGACCUCAUCUUGACCACACCCCCUCGAGUCAGGAAAGGGCUGUUCAUUGAGGGAGACGCUCCCUCCAGACUGGACCGUGAGGUUUUCGCCGCGGUGGGAGGAGCCGAAAUCGACCCGCUCAAAUAUCCCAGCAUUCACAAGUGGAAAAGCACCAUCGAGUCGUACACCAGUGCCGAGAUGCAGAGUUGGCAGACUCCGGCUGUGUUAAAGUCUCAGUCCAGGCUCCAGUGUCUGACUCCCGGUUCUCCUGUGAGCCGCUACAGUCCGGCCCGACACACCCACUCGCCAGACUACACCAGUCCUGGACGCUACAGCCCCGCCCAUGCCAGUUACAUCCAGCGCAUUCGCCUCAAGCACUUCGGAGACUCGCCCAUUUAACAAAUGCUUGGCGUGGACUCGGUGUCUCGGCGUCCGUCCGUCCGUCUCAGACACGUGGAGCUCCACCGCUGCUGCAGAACUUUACUGAGGAAAACCAUUAGCAUCAACUGAACUGGUACGCUGUAGUGUAUAUUUUUAAACAGUUGUCCUUUUCUUAUAUAUAUAUGUGUGUGUGUGUGUGGCUGUGGAUUUGUAUCUGUAAUUAUUUAAUGGGUGACGCAGAAAUAUUUAAAUUCGCGCGGUACUCUGAGUGUUUGAGAAAACUAGCUGAUUAAAGAAAGCCGAUGAAUUAUUCAUGUGGUGUAACUCAGUAGCACAACGCUGUAGUGAAGAGUCGGGGACCGUCUGGGCUGCCCGCCCGCCCGCCCGCCCGUUCCCUCACAGCGCCUCCUGCUGGUCUGUAACUGGAAUACUGUCUUAUCUGGAAGAAACGUUUCACUUCUGUUUUUUUUUUCAUUUCAGUAAUAAAUCUGUUACGUACUCGUCAGCGUGGUUUAUUUUGGCACUUGCAGUUCUCAGAACACACAGUACAGAGGAUCGUUUCCACCGCACAUCACGCACAAUGUUAUUGUGGAGAGGUGUAGCCUGUGGUAAGGGGCGGGGCUACCAAAACCAGCACAUUCUUACUUCGGGGUACGAAUAGCACAAUAAAUCCCACACCAGUGACCUUUUUUUUUUUUUUUUAAACAGUAGGCCACGUCUAAUCCCAUCACACACGAGAAGCGCAUUUUUAAUUGCAGUUUAUUUUGAUGAUUUUAGGUGUGGUCCUGAGUUUCUUUAGUGCCUUUUGAUGUUGAACACACACUCUGAGCAUAUCUCUGCGGAGAGAGAAUUACAGUAGAGGCUGUAGCGAAGGUGUGUGUGAGAGACGCUUGUUAUUUUUAUUCUCGUGUGUUCUCGCCCUGUUGCAUGACUCAGUCCUGUUUUAUUUCCUGGCAGAGGAGAAACGUUCAUUAAUGUAUUGCUGAGAAACAGAAAUAAAGUGCACAGCAUCUCUACAA